AUGAGUGCCGAAUCUCGCCAAGCUGGGGCGAGCAGCAAAUCCAAACGACGAUGGACCGACCCUGUUGACGAUGGCAAGGCGAAUGGGCCGGAGGAUUAUGCGGCUCAUCCCAAGCGACAGCGGGUAUCGCGCGCCUGCGAUAGCUGUCGCUCGAAGAAGGAUAAAUGCGACGGGAUCCAGCCUGUAUGCUCCACAUGCGCUUCCCUGUGUCGGCCCUGCACCUACAAAGCCAAUCCCAAGAAACGCGGUCUCCCGACAGGUUACAUUCGAUCCCUCGAGCUUCUAUGGGGUCUGGUCUUCCAAAGGAUUCAAGGCAGCGAGGAUGUGAUGCGAGCUUUGAUGAGGUCUGUUAAUCUUCCAAAUCACUUGGCGACAAUGGGCAAGGAAGCAGAGGGCUCCGAUACGUUACUGUCGUCCUUCAAGAACAGCACUGUUCUGAGAGAUCUUGAACAAAUGCUGGUCUUCCUGGAGCAGCCGGAGGAAGAAAAAGAGCGUCUCCUUCAAGCAUAUGGUGAAGCCGACACACCCCUCGAUGUCGAAGGGAUUCUCUCUUCUUCCGGGGCCCAGGAGUGGCAGAUCCCGCAAGGACUGGAUACUCGGGAGACAUCUUUGCCUGGGGUUUCACCAUCCCGAACAGCAAUAACUAGCUCGACACCGAGGUAUUCGCGCACCACCCGAGACUGUAGUAUCCAAACUGUACCAACGGCCGACCCUCACCCACCCUCCUCUUCUGUCCAAAACUCUGAUUCACAACCCCUCCCGAAGCAAUACUCUCUUAAACUUCCCUACAAUGCGUGGCCGCUCCUCGACAUAUAUUUCUCCUAUACACAAUGCUGGUUCCCUAUACUGGAGAAACAUGACAUCCUUCGCACGGCUUUCCGGUAUACCGAAGGGGAUAUGUACGUGUCGCGCACCGCCCCUGGAUCAGGAGACCAUGCAGCUUUAUGGGCUGUAAUGACCCUUUCAUCUCUCCAAGAUGCAUCCAUCACUGUUACUCGGCAGGCAGAUGAUUUAUCUAGCGAUCGGGUCAAUCCAUCGCAACUGUACACUACCGCCAGAGAUUUAAUUCCCUCAGGGCACGGUCCCUAUGAAAUCGGGCAUGUGCAAGCAUUGCUUAUUCUAUCCCUGAUCAAAUUUGGCCAGCAAGAGUGGACUGCAGCCUGGAUGCUGGUUGGACAGGCUGUCCGGAUCGCAUACACGUUGGGCCUGGAUCAGUCUGCUUUUUCAUCGUCGAAAACCCCUGACCAGGAUAGGCAGUUAGGGCGGGCGAAACAUGUCUUCUUGGGGUGCUUUGUCCUGGAGACCCUCAUUGCACAACAGACCACUCAGUGCCCAUCCCUGCGAAAGGAGGAUCUGGCCAGAGUGGGAUCCAUCAACGAAGACGGGUUGGAGGAGUGGCAUCCAUGGGAAGACCAGACUGGGUUGCGGCCCACGCAGUCCUCGCGAGCUUCUAUGCAUCGUGGACCCCUGCAUGCAUUGAGCACUUUCAACCGUCUGGUCUCCCUGGUCUCCGUGUUGAACGAGCUUUGUUGUUGCAGACAUGACCCGACCGUUUCUCGAUCGCAGCUAGAGUCACUCGAGCUCCAGCUGCAGCGCUCAGUGGCAGCGCUGCCGAAAAGUUAUCGGGUGGACCUUCAAAGCCAUCCUGUAAGCCAUCCUGUCAAGGUUGCUUCACCACAUAUCUUUUCCCUUGAGAUGAUGUAUGAGAGCAUUUCCACGGCUGUGAGUCUGCAAAUUGCCAUGCGUGAAUUUGACCAAAAUAUCCCGAACAUGCCCCAUAAGGCCCAUGCGGCCGAGAGCUCGAAGAGGCUGUUGCACUUGCUCCAAGCCUAUAUGGAAGCCUACAGCUUCUCUGCCACCACCCCGACUUUUGGCAUGAUUCUUCAAUACGGACUUCCACCUCCAUCCUCCAAAGACGUGGUAUCCAACCUGGAAACGGGUUUACGCAAUAAGCUCCAAACGUUCUCAUUCCAUCUUGCAAAUCUGUGGGCCAUGUCCGACGGGCCAGGAGCAAGCCAGGUUUUAGCUUCCAGACCCCGUGCGAUAGGAACAUCGCCAUCAAUCCCAUCUCAGCCGGAAAUUCUAACAAGCGAGGAUUCGGUUCUUUCACAGAGCCUGCCGGGCACAACACCUACACGCCAUCUUAGACCCUCCGAAGGACAUCCUCGGAUUACUACCCAUACUUCUGCCCCGACGUCUGACCCAUUCCUUUCUACUCCUUGGCUCAGAGCCACACAAAACUUCGAAGAUAGCAAUUCCCUCUUGCACACCCCUACACCAUCCUUGACCACCGUUGGUGGUGCCUCUGAGAUUUCGGCACAGCCAGGUUCUUUGGAUGAUGCGCUGGGUAGUGGACUUCGCCAACCGACGUCUGCAUCAUCCAAACCUCAGAGAGGCACUACCAUGCUCCCUGGAAUUUCACCGUCAUUCCCCUCCAAUGGCCAGUACCCGCCGGCAUAUCAGGACCCCUCUCUUGGACUAGGUCCAUUCGUUGACGUCGACGGAUACGGGCCACCACAGCGGCAACGGAUUGCCCCAGAUCUUGAUGCACUAUUCGAUGAGCUGGCAUCGUUGGAUGGUGCUGAGAAGGCCGACAACCAACCCGAGUUCAUGCAAAAUCUUGGCUUUGUCUCAGAUUCGGGAAUUCCGGAACUAUACUCGUUCUCGGGCCAAAUCGAGCCAUUUCUCUUGGCGCAGACCCAGCAAUUGCCGAGCGCGACUCCUCCCGAUGUCCGACGGGAAUCGCAGUCAUUGAGCAUGUCAACGUCGCCGAAUCGAUGA